GUCAAGAUGAAGAACCAAGGUGGGGAGACCAAAGCCACCCCACGGCCUGCUGGCUCCUCCAAAAUGGGCAGUGGUCUGGUGCUGGAGGAGAGCGACUCGACAGAGGCUGCAGCACCCCUAGAAGCUCCCCUGGCGCAGGAGGACCCCAGGUCCCCCCGGCCCGCCCUGCGCGACGUCUCCGAGGAGCUGAGCAGGCAGCUGGAGGACAUCCUGAACACCUACUGCGUGGAUGCCAGCCAGGAGGGCCCGGCAGAGGACGGGGGGCAGGGCGAGCCCCCCGAGGCCGAGGAGGCCGAGAAGAGCCGCAGCGAGUCCCCCCGGAACGGCGAGCAGGAGCCGGGCGGCCCCGAGGUGAACGGAGAGAAGGAGAGCAGCAGGGGCGGCGAGGAGUGCGGGGAGAGGGACCAGAGGAAGGCUCAGGAGAAGAAGAAAGCCAAGGGCCUGGGCAAGGAAAUCACUUUGCUGAUGCAGACACUGAACACCCUGAGCACGCCAGAGGAGAAACUAGCAGCACUCUGCAAGAAAUAUGCUGAGCUGCUGGAGGAGCACCGUAACUCCCAGAAGCAGAUGAGGAUCCUGCAGAAGAAGCAGAGCCAGCUGGUGCAGGAGAAGGACCAGCUGCAGAGUGAGCACAGCAAGGCCAUCCUGGCCCGCAGCAAGCUGGAGAGCCUCUGCCGGGAGCUGCAGAGGCACAACCGCAGCCUCAAGGAGGAAGGUGUCCAGCGUGCGCGGGAGGAAGAGGAGAAGAGGAAGGAGGUGACCUCCCACUUCCAGGUGACACUGAAUGACAUCCAGCUGCAGAUGGAGCAGCACAACGAGAGGAACUCCAAGCUGCGCCAGGAGAACCUGGAGCUGGCAGAGAGGCUGAAGAAGCUGAUCGAGCAGUACGAGCUGCGGGAGGAGCACAUUGAUAAAGUCUUCAAACACAAGGACCUGCAGCAGCAGCUGGUGGAUGCCAAGCUCCAGCAGGCACAGGAAAUGCUGAAGGAGGCAGAGGAGAGGCACCAGCGGGAGAAGGACUUUCUGCUGAAGGAAGCUGUGGAAUCACAGAGGAUGUGUGAACUGAUGAAGCAGCAGGAGACCCACCUCAAGCAGCAGCUUGCUCUCUACACAGAGAAGUUUGAAGAGUUCCAGAACACCCUUUCCAAAAGCAGUGAAGUGUUCACAACCUUUAAACAGGAGAUGGAGAAGAUGACUAAGAAGAUCAAGAAGCUGGAGAAGGAGACCACCAUGUACCGCUCCCGCUGGGAGAGCAGCAACAAGGCCCUCUUGGAAAUGGCUGAAGAGAAAACCCUUCGGGACAAGGAGCUGGAAGGGCUUCAGGUGAAGAUCCAGCGGCUGGAGAAGCUGUGCCGAGCCCUGCAGACGGAGCGCAACGACCUGAACAAGAAGGUGCAGGACCUGUGUGCCCACGCGCCCCGCCCCGACCUGCUGCAGCCCCCGAGGGACCCAGCCCCCCACGGGCCCGAGGAGCUGGCAGCAGCAGGAGCUGCCCCAGCAGAGCAGCCGCUGGCCGAGGAUUGGCUCCAGCCCGGGAAGCCAGCACACAGCAGGGAUCCUGCGGAGAGCCUGGGAGGAGAACUGAGCACAGGAACCUUGGGGCAGAGCGGGACUGAGGCUCCGGGCACUGACUGAGCCCCCGGCGGGCAGAGGGAGGGCGAGGGAGGGCGACCUGAAUCUUU